UUUGUAAAUUUUAGGGUCCAGUCCUGUGUUAAGCAAUAAGCUUGUGUAACUUUUAUUUUGUUUACAGAUUACUCGAUUCUGAUAAAUUCUUUAUUAAUAAUAGUCAUCAAUUUAGAAUGAUUCCGUUUUUGCUAAAUAUUUUAUUAUGACGAGGGAAAAUUGAAUAGUACCUCUAUUAUGUUUAAUAUAACUGAAUGUAUGUCUUGGUAUUUCAUGUUAUCUCUUAAAUGCUAUGGAGAAUAAAAAAGAUAAAUGGGAUGUAUUAGCUACGGUUAAGUCAUUUGAUUUAGGCAUACCCCAUAACAGUCAACAUGAAUCUGUUCUACGCCAUAGUGUUCAACAAAUAGAUUUGGUCAACUCUACUGCAACUACACCUAUUAGUCUACUUGUCCAAUCUCUUGUCAAGCAACUAUGCUCUCUCUUAGAAAAAGAUUACUCAAAAGCCAACCAACUGUACAAUACAAUAUGUGAAAAACUACACAGCAUGAACCUCAUAGAUGAUUCAUAUGCUAUGGGUGAAUUUGAAGUUAUGAGAAGCCAAUACCAAAGGGCAUUAUAUCAACUAGUUACAGUAGCCAGUGGCUCCGAGAUACCCAUCACCCUGCCAGCUACAUGGCCCUUGACUUCAUCUGGCCUAGAGUGGUCAAGGUAUCAUAAAGAGUUUGAGGAACUGUACUUCAUUGCUGGAGGUGGUUUUGGAAGUGUUUUCAAAGCGCGGCACAGACUUGAUGGUGUGGAAUAUGCCAUCAAAAAAGUACACAUUAAAUCAUCUGAUGUGAAUUCUAUAAUGACUCACCUGGCAGAAGUUAAGACAAUAGCAAGUUUAAAUCAUCCAAAUAUUGUUAAUUAUAAGGCUGCAUGGCUAGAGCCAUUAAUAGAAUCUACUGUAAAGAAAAAACGUAAAUUCCACAUGGACAUCAAUACUGAUGAAUUGUCUCUGGGCACAAACAAAGUUUCUACAGUCUACUCAAAUAUCAUGAGGUCAUUUAAAACUUACAAUUCUAAGGAUUUAACAAAGAAACACAGUCAGUCCGAUUUUGUGAUUUCAUUUAAAAAUUCUAAUAGUUUUGAUAAUGAGAAUUCACUUGAAGUGGAAACUGAGAGUGAAGAUGAGUCAACCACACCAGAACAGAAUGCUAUCUGUAAAUUUUUGACAAGUAAAGAAUAUGAAAACUGCUCUCGGGUAAACUUAAAAUGGGCAACACUUUAUAUUCAAAUGACAUACUGCCAGCAAACCUUGAAGCAAUGGCUGGAUGAUAGAAAUAGCCGCAUGUCAUUAUCGCGUAAAGGUUCAGAUGAUAUAACUCUUCAGCAGAGUGAAACUCACGAAUCGAGUUCAUUUGAGUCUCAUAUAUCGCCAGAAUCAAUAUUUCCGGUAGCAUGGACACAUAUUGAUAUACUUAUAGAUAUGUUUACGCAAUUAGUCCAUGGUCUGCAUUACAUUCAUUCCAAAGGGAUAAUUCAUCAUGAUGUGAAGCCAAGUAAUGUAUUUGUGGGUCUGAGUGAUCAUAACACUCCUCUAGUGCAACUGGGUGAUUUUGGUCUGGCCUGUCCCUUACAACAGUCACACAGCGGAUUGGCUUUGGGCACACAUUUGUACGCUGCACCGGAACAGUUGGAUGGCCAAUGUAAUCCUAAGAGUGACAUGUACUCACUCGGAAUUAUCCUCCUCGAGUUAGUGGAACCGUUCAACACAGAUAUGGAGCGUGUUAAAACUAUAACUGACUUACGGAAAGGACAAAUACCAGCACAUCUUACUGCAAACUAUCCUAAAGUAGCACACAUCAUUGGAAAACUAGUUCAGCGAAGACCAAGCAAGAGAUUAGACACUAAUCAAUUGUUAGAAGAAUUAAGAAAUGUCAAAGAGAACAAAGAUGCUACAAUCCAAUCAUUGAGGGAGGAACUCGCUGCCAAGGAUGAUGAAAUAGCUAAAUUAAAAAUGAUUCUUGCUAAGUUGAAUUAUAAGUAGGCAUACACGGGUAUUCUAUUUUUUUUUCUCUUUUGAAAUUCACAAUCCUUACUUAAAUAUUUUACUUAAGGUAUGUACGACAAUUAAGUACCAUACACUUAUUAAACCGAAUAAUAGUUUGACUAAUAAUAAUAUUAUUUGAGUAGUAGGAAGCGGUUUACAGAAUCUUUCAAUAUUUUAUAUUCUGUUAAUACCUGUUCUACUUCAUUCACUAUAGAUCAAAAUGUGUUGGGUACAAAAUUGAUACAUAGUAAUAUACCGGUGGUCAUUUUCAACGCCACAUCCAGAGAAAGUACUUUAUACACUGUAAUUUACACAUUGCCAUUACUUAGGCUGAGAUCUAUAGAACAUACUUAGACUUUGCUCCGACUUUACUCACUAAAAACUGAGUGUGAUUAAACGCGAACUUGGCUUUUUGCAUUAUGCUGUCUUAGCUUAAGCUCAGCGUAAUUUCAGAUGUCAAUUGACUGUAAAAACGUAAUCAAAGUUUAAGUUUUUUGUGAGUGCCUUCAGUAUUAAGAGACUUAGGCUGCGAUGAAAAUGUCCAUCCUGUAAUAUACAAUAAUAUUGUUGUGACUAUAUUUGAUUGACAUGUUUAGAUGCAUAAUGAAUAUUAAUGAGAUUUUAAUGAAUUAUUGUAAUACAUAAAUUACAAGUACUAAACUUAUAAAAGUAAAAUAAAGAAGCCCUUAAAUGUUUUUAAACUUUUAUCAUCGCCGGACUUUUACUUUGUAAUAAUUUUGACGGGUACUCACGAUAUUUAUUUUAUUAAUUGCUGAUAUUUCGAUCCAAUUGCAUGAAUCUUGGUCGCAGCGGAACUGCGGAGGCCGCGAGAACUCUUGACACAUUUACAUUUGACACUAAUAGUACAUCAAUCUGUCCACGUGGCGCGUAAUUCGUUUUGGUCUUUGAUUCGCUAAUUCACGACCCACACUACUGACGACGUCCAUUCUUUCGGGUUUUUUUGUUGCAUUUGUACUGCAGCAAUGAAGCUGCAGUUAAUAUAUAUAUCGUGAGUACCCGUCAUGAUUAUUACAAAGCCUUUAUUAUUUUCGAAGUCUAGUACAAUAAUUGAACAAACUUAAACAGAUAAUCAACUAGAAGUACUAUUCUUAUAAGUACAUAAUUUUAUUCAGAUUUCCGUUCAAUACACAAAUUAAAUAAUACUUGGCGUCAUUAUUACUUAGUAUUGAACAGAUCUGUGUGUCUGACUGUCUGCUAUAAUAAAUAAUGGAGUGUGUUAUGAUUAGUGUAAAAGUUAUUGUAGUUAAUAAUAUUAUGUACUUACUUAAAUUGUAUGAAUGCUGUAUGUGUUUGAUUCCUAGCAUUUUAAAUUGUGCAAAUGUGUUAAAUAAACAAUAUAAACAUGA